UUGUCGAGCACUCUAAAUGAUGUAUAAAAGGAAAAUGUAAAGGCUUCCGACAAUCAGUUAUUAGAAAGUAAUUGAACGUAAAAUGGGAAAAGUUUUAGUUGCUCUGAUAUUAGGCCUAAUGUGGAAAGUUGCCGUUGAAGCUGCAAUUGAGCUUCCCGAGCAUCUGAAAGGACCCGCGAAGAUACUAAGGAAGACUUGCCAGGCAGAAACGAAUGUGUCGGAAGAAUUGAUUGAACAAAGUAAAGGCGGUAAUUUGCCCAACGAUAAGGCUCUCCAAUGUUACAUAGACUGUCUAUUCCGGACGGUUGGAUUGUAUGACGCCGGAGGUAAUAUUAAAUUCGAUGACGUGUAUCACAUCAUGCCAACUGAAAUAAGGGAAAAAGUGGAUGCUGUGACUGCUGUAUGCAAGACAAUUCAUGGAUCAAACUCAUGUGAAACAGCCUGGUUAACAGUUAGAUGUUACUUUGAUGCCGAUCCCGAGCAUUCACUCCUUCCCUAGCGUCAGUAAUUUUUCCACAAAAAUCACCGUGAUUCACACAAAAAAAAAAAUAUUGGUCAACUGUAUCUUAAUACUAAACAAGAAAUACUUACUUAUCUGCAUA